AUGGGAGGAACAUGGGAACGAAUGGUUGGAACCGUCAAGAGGACGCUGCUCAAAACGAUAGAACGACGGAAAAUUUCCGAACCAAUCUUUUACACGGUGCUUUGCGAAAUCAAGUCCGCCGUUAAUUCCCGACCACUCACAGUCACCGGAGAAAAUGAUGACGUGAAUGAUGUGCUUCGUCCCGUUGACUUCAUCUACAAAAACAUACGACACGGCAUGGAAAUUAUCACUCAAGAUGACGAGAGUCAGGAAGACCCACCAUACCAACCAAAUCCUGAACUUUCCACACAACGCGAUGCAAAGAGAGCUAUUUCUGAAGCUGAAAAGCUUACAGCGAAGUUUUGGGACAAAUGGAAAACCGAGUACCUUACGGAGUUACGCGACCGCCAUGUGUUGUAUGGAAGCAACUACAAAGAUCACUGGCCAAUGGGUCUUAUACAAGAGCUGAUCAAAAGCAGAGACGGUGAAAUCAGAAGCGCCAUCCUUAAAACAAGCAGCGGAAGACACAUCCAGUGCCCUAUCAAUCGCCUUAUUCCAUUGGAGAUACAUGCUUCCACUUCUCCUGACGCAGUGACGGAGAUUCGACAUGAAGACGAACAAGUGCAACGCAAUGAGGCAUCCCAAGAGCUACAACAACGACCACGUUUGGCGCGGAAAGCAAAAAGGCCUGUCAACUACAGCGAGAACAUGGCAAUUCUUCGACCGCGACUCGCCAUAUCAAAAGCUCCAAUUAUGCUACUAGCCCUAGCAGCGUGUUCACUACUCACCUCUGUAGAGAGUACGAUACUCAAAUGCACGAAUACUGGCUUUCUUCUUGAUGUGAAAUCCCUUGAUGACAACAUCAAGAGCGAGAUAUGCAUAAAUCACAUGGAUUGUCAGGCUAUUCAUCCAAGCCAACUACCACUACAUGGAUACCUCUUGCCACGUCAAAUAACCAGCCCAUACUCCGUUAGAUGGCGUGGUAUCAUCAACAUCACUCAGCAAGAAGAAGAAGUUAAGUGCCCAGAACAAUCCGUGUGCAAUUCCAUACAUUGCACCUUCUGUCCUCUCCUUCUGGGAAAUCCACAAUGUUUUCCAACAACCACGAUUGCAGUGGUGACCACGAUGCUUUACAUCAUUGCAUUACUCACUAUUGCCUGCGCAUAUCUCGGCGCAAGCACGAUACUUCUGCUUAAACGAAGAUGGAACCUGUACAAGGCACGCACCGCGGAUAAUACACCGCCCCCAGUUCUAGCCGAUACCUUGGAGAUGCAGUCAAGGAAACCUAUGGACACCCGCCAGCGAAGGAGUUCUGGUGGUCAGUCAACGCGCUCAAAGCUUCUCUUCGUUUUGUCCAUUCUGGCUACAGCAAACUGCUGCCAGCACACCCACGUUCUCAACACCAAAGACGUGAUCUGUGAUGGUUACGGUAAGGACGCAAGAUGCAGAAAUGUCGAAGAGCACACGUUCACGAUGAGCAACUUCAAACGAGAAGUCUGCAUGAAGAUUGUAUACAAGGAUGAGCUCAUAGCGACAAUGCAUCUGAAGCUUGACAGCAUUAGAUAUGACUGUAUCCCUGUCACCCACUUCUUCACGAGGAAUACUGAACUAAGGACAAUAUCGUCAAAACGCUGUGCUCGUGCUGGAAGCUGCACGCAGCACAAGUGUCGGACCACAGGCCAGAAUUCCUACAUUCCUGAGCUGAAUAGUUCCUACCGCUCUCCUGGAAUUGCACGAUGCCAAGAAUCCUGCGGAGGAAUCGGUUGCGGCUGCCUUCUACCCAUGCCGGGCUGUCUUUUCUCUCGUACGUACCCCACACCAGAAGACGACCUCAUAUACGAGGUAUUUUCAUGUCCAGUAUGGAGCAAAACUGCACGACUACGCGCUCAUUUGAGUUUCGUCACUGGAAGAGAGGUUACAAAGGAAAUGGAUAUCUCGCCACAAGAAACCGUACAAUUUGAUAGGAUGAACCUCACGCUCGAUUUCAUUACCGCUCCCACAAUUCCUACACUGGACAGGCGAUUUGUUCAAGUAUACAACCAAAGCGAUCCGGCUACAAUGAUAUCUUUACCCGAAGACAUCUUCUCGGUUAAGUGCAACUCUUCAGUAACGGCAAGAAAUCUGACGAAAUGCCGAGUUAUGGACACUUGCAAAUGCACAUCCAAAACCACAACAGUUUUGUGUCGCUGUGCCAAUAUCAACAUUACGGAAAGAAUGUCAUCCUGA